UAGACGGAUACUUGUUUUUUGGAACUUCUUUAUCGACUAGAGUUCUCCAUUCAUCUGCAUUGUCUAUGAUCGAUUUUCAAACUUUCGUUAAGUCGGUUUUGUGUUUAUGACGUUUGAAUUGAAUUGAAGGUUGGACCGUUCUGUAUUUAUGGACGAACUCGAGGAGCAGUGCGAAGAUGCGGUCCUCGAAGUGUGCGAUGCUCGUGAACGAUAUCCCGUUCAAUGUGCCGACGAACUUACCAAGUGUCUUAAACUUAGGACAGCGAUUUGUGUGGAACCUGUAGCACUUAAAUCGAUAGAUUCUCUUGAGACGGCAAUGUUAUCGGAGGAACAAAAAGGGUAUAUUAAAAUGUUGCAGGAAAAUGUUAAGUAUAAUAAAUUGUGUAUGCAAGCCGAUUUGAAUAAGCUGGCAAAUGUUGCCGAUAAAGUUAACGAUCUCAAAAAUAUUCUCGAGCAGAUAGAAAACGAUAAACAGGGUGAAAUAAGUAAGCUUCUUAAAUAGUUUUAUGUUAUGGGUGUUUGGAAAUUAAUUCACAGGAUAAAUGAAUAAGUUUAUUUGAAUUCUUAACGAGUAUGCUAAUCGCACUUAACGAUGCAAAAAAUCUGAAGUAGAGUACCAUAAGCCUAAAUAAAUGAAAUAUAGGUGAAAAUACAUUCGGUUAGUGUUUGUGACCAUUAUUAAGUCUACUUAUGUGAGGUCUUAUAACUCAGAAAAUACAUAACCAGUCUUUACCAUU